CAAAAAAAGGGUGUGGUUAUGGUAUGGAGCCGUCGUCUCUUUGACCCCAAAUCUCUCUCUCUCCCCCCCUUCUGCCGCUCUUCGGCUUCUUCCAAUCUCAGCGGAAAUCAUUUCUUCCACUCCUGUCUAUCUCGUUCUCUCUCUCUCGGAACCAACUAGAGAUGAUGUACGUUAGCAGGGGAUUGUCGCGAGCUUCGAGGAGGUUCCGGGGGAAGAUAUUCGGUGAGCCGCUCUCUCACCGUCAAGCCACCGCUUGCCGCAACCUUCUCCCCUGUCUCGACUCUUCCCUCGGUGAUGAUCCGUCCCUGAAGGUCUUGGGUUGCAGACAUAUUAGCUCCUGGAGCUGGGGGUUGCCCGCUGCCUUGUACAGUAUUAGACAUCACAUUCAUCAUCACAGCGCUUCGAUUGUCGAGGAGCAACUUGAUCCUUUCUCACUUGUUGCGGAUGAGCUAUCAAUUCUUGCUAAUAGGUUGCGAGCAAUGGUAGUUGCUGAGGUUCCUAAACUAGCGUCUGCUGCUGAAUACUUCUUCAGAAUGGGGGUGGAAGGGAAGAGAUUUCGUCCCACGGUCUUAUUAUUGAUGUCAACUGCUUUGAAUGUAUCCAUACAUAAACCACCUCCCGAUACUAUUAUGGGAGAUACAAUGACAGCAGAGCUACGUGUAAGACAGCAAUCCAUAGCUGAGAUCACUGAGAUGAUUCAUGUCGCUAGUCUUCUUCAUGAUGAUGUCUUGGAUGACGCGGAUACGAGACGUGGGAUCAGUUCUUUAAAUUUUGUAAUGGGAAACAAGUUAGCAGUAUUAGCUGGAGAUUUCCUGCUCUCGAGGGCUUGUGUAGCACUUGCAUCCUUAAAGAACACAGAGGUUGUAUCCUUGCUAGCAACUGUCAUAGAGCAACUUGUUACAGGUGAAACCAUGCAAAUGACUACAUCUGUUGACCAACGGUGUAGCAUGGAGUAUUAUAUGCAAAAGACGUAUUACAAGACUGCAUCAUUGAUUGCAAACAGCUGCAAGGCUAUUGCUCUUCUCGCUGGUCACACAGCUGAAGUUGCAACUUUGGCUUAUGACUAUGGCAGAAAUCUGGGAUUGGCAUUUCAAUUGAUAGAUGAUGUUCUUGAUUUUACUGGCACGUCUGCUUCUCUUGGGAAGGGUUCUUUAUCUGACAUCAGCCAUGGAAUCGUGACCGCUCCAAUACUGUUUGCCAUGGAUGAAUUUCCUGAACUGCGUGCAGUCGUCGAGCGGGGCUUUGAAGAUCCUAGAAAUGUCAAUCUUGCCCUAGAGUACCUUGGGAAGAGCCGCGGAAUACAGAGGGCAAGGGAUCUAGCAAAAGACCAUGCCAACCGAGCGGCUGCUGCGAUCGAUUCUCUACCAGAUAGCGACGAUGAAGAAGUGAGGAGAUCGAGGCGAGCCCUCAUAGCUCUCACCCACAUCGUCAUUACAAGAGCCAAGUGAUAGCAAACCAUACCCGGAGCAGAAGUCUCUGAUGUUGUGAAACCAACACUUUACUGGACCCUUUGUGUUCUGUCCAUUUCGUAGUUCAUUUCCAGCAGAAGGGGGUUAAAUUUUGCUUCCCUCUUAAUUUUUUUUUCAAUCCAUUUUUUCCCCUAUGCCAAUAAAGCAUUUUCAUCGAAAAGAUUAGGCACCAUUCUACUAUUUUUGUUUUUAUUUAUUUUAUUUUCAUUUUUUUCUUCAGGUCGAGGGAGGCUUACUGUAAUUUAAUUUAUUCCUUGUUGUAGACUAGAAGGAAGGCUAACAUCCAAUGUUUCAUGCUCUUCUUCUACUGAACACUUUCAUUUUCAAAGGUAGCAAAGUUCUACGUACCUCAAA